AUACCAAAUCAUCAUGCUGUUUGCAAAACAUCAACAUGUGUUUAUCAUGUUUAUCGUGUAAUGUUACUGUAUCAGUAGGCCUAUGACAUGAAUGAACGACAGUGACGAUAAUGUUUCGCGUUUUGAAAAUAUGUAGUAGUAGAAUUUGGACAAAAUUCCACCGGACGAACUCUUACCAGGCUCGCAAAAUGCAGUUUGGAAAUGAUGUGAACUCAUCAUUUCGAGUUACAGUGAUUGGCAGUGGUGGAAGAGGAACUUCCAAAAGUCUUCUCAUUAUCCCUGAACAACCAACACCACUCUACUCAAUGAAACCUGAAAGAUUCAUAAUCAAUUGUGGUGAUACAGCAUUAGAGAAGUGGUAUCUCGCCAGAUCAGGGGGUUUUCUAGCUAAACGGCACAAAGUUCACAUCCUUACAACCAGCAAUGCUGUGGAAAAUACAGAAGGAAUAAGUGCAUUUUCAACAUCAGUAAUGAGGUUAGAUGAAUUUUCUGCAAUAACUGUUUAUUCACCUCCAGGAUUGGUGAACUCUUUUAAGAGUAGGCCAGAAAUCAUGAAAGCCAUGUUAAAAGGAUACAUACAAUUUACUAGCUCAGUGAAAAUAAGAUGUUCCAUGUUCAAUGUUCACAACAUAGUGCUGAACAAGAAAGGAGUGGAAGGACAAAGCUCCACCAGUGAUGUGUAUUGUUAUGCAUUUGAGAUUCCAAGGAAAGGAAAUGUUACAGGCCCCCAAAAUGUUGAAGAGAAAGAUGCCAUUUUAGUAAUUGAUUGUCCUGAUGAAGGGUACCUGGAUUGUUUGUUAAAUCACCCAGGAUUUUUGAAAUACCAGGAUGAUGACAGUUACAGGACCUGCUUGGUGGUUCAUAUGUCUUCCAGUAGCAUUCUCUUCAGCCCAGAGUACCGUGCCUUCAUGAAGAGAUUUGGUAAAGAGACACAGCAUCUGCUUUUACACGAGAACUGCUUAGCGAAUGUGAACAGAGUGAUGGUCAACUGUAAUAAAGUCCUAAACCACUUUAGUAAGGAUAUUUUUCCUCUCCUGGAAGGGAACCAGACAGAAGAUAUAGAUUUGUCUCGGAAAGUGUUGAAUGCUGUAAACUACAUGGAGUGCCUUUAUUAUCAUACUACUAAUAAUCUUGUUUUAAGGAUUAAUGAAGGAGACGACAAGUUUGAGUUUGCAGAUGAGCUUUUAAACUCUAUAACACAUCUUGAGGACAAAUUAAGGCAUAUUAAUGUACUAUCUAAAGAGGCCGAUGUUGAUCCCAAGGCUUAUCCUCAGUUUGUCUUUCUUGGAACUGGUGGUGCCCUUCCAUCUCAUACCAGGAGUCACUCAUGUAUCCUAGUCAAAGUAGAUGCGGAGACUUCGUUUAUGAUGGACUGUGGAUGUGGAUCUUAUGAGCAGAUGGUUCGCUUUUUCCAUGAUAAAGUAGAGACAGAACUUGCCAAAAUAAAGAUGAUAUUUAUCUCUCAUAUUCACCUAGAUCAUACACUAGGUCUUUCACUCAUAUUAAAGAAGCGUUAUGACGCAAGGAAAUCUCUGGGAUUAGAAUCAAAGCCAGUGUAUUUGUUAUCGUUUAAGAGGUUACCAUGGUUCUACCUCACUUCCAUACCCGGACUCUUCAACCUGCGUAAAACUUACACCCCUGUUGACUUCUUCCGACCAGAAAACUUCACACCAAUAAAGAGAGCUCUGGGGCUAAGAAGGAUGAAUGUGGAUGAUGUGGUACAUUGUCCAUACUCCUGCGGCUUGUCCGUCAGCCAUACCAGUGGAUGGAGCUUGGCCUACACAGGGGAUGCGUAUGAGCUGUCCCACUCCUUUAUCAAGAAUGCUAAGAACUGUGAUAUCCUGAUUCAUGAGGCAUCAUACGAAGAUAUAUAUGCCAAUAGACGAUCUAAUAACAUGCACAGCUGCCAGAAGGAUGCUAUUCGAAAUGGGAAACUAAUACAGGCUAGCCUCACUGUCCUUACCCACAUUGCUUACAAUAAGCAACCCUUGGAUGUCUUACCUGUUUUAUCGGAGGCUUUCACUAACAAGAAUUUUAUGGCACAUGAUUUCACAAAGAUAAAUUUAACUCAACGCCCUGUGCUGCAUCUAUACAAUGACUUGAUCAACGAAGCCUUUCAGAAUGUAAAAGGUGGUAGUAGAAUUAAUAUAGAAAAAGAAUUGGAACGUUAUAGCAAAUAUAGUCGGAGUAAAACAAUGUUUGAUUAUUGACCCAAGGACUGUUGAUAUACCGGUAUAUACUGUUAUAUGCGAUGAAUUGUACAUCAGUGGCUACAGUGGGCUAUCAGAUCUCUCCUGUAUAGACAGUUACCAUCAAUUUGGUCAGAGUUACCUGUGAUAUUUCUCAGUACUUAUCCUUAUAUACAUGUACAUGUACUGGAUGGAAUGAAGAGCUGUUAUGUUAACAUGAUAUUAAUGUUAUGUAAAUAUAUGUUCACAUGCCUUUUCUUGAGGUAUCAUUUAUCACUGGGUCCUACCAAUAUUGUACUUAUGUACAAUUUAAGAUUUAUAGUAGUUUAUGAUGUUUGUGACCAAUACAUAGUGUUAUGAAAGUAUAAUGGAAAGUUCAUUUGAUACAGUGUAAAGGUUAAAGCAUGUUGAUGUUAUAAAUACGGUACACAAUUUUCCUGUCUUUUCAAGGUUCUUUUUUUGUGGUACAUGUACCAGUACAAUGUAUAUUGUAAUAUUCUUUAGGCCAGAAUUAAGUUACCUUUCUACACAGUGUGAUUCAUGAAUUCUGUUGUUUAUAUUCCAAGUGACAUGGAAGGAAUAAGUGGCAAUUAUUAUGUUUCCCUUUUAUGAAAUUGUUUGGAAUAUGACUGUGAGUCUGUGAUAUAUUUUAAUAUGUAAAUACUGUGAAAUCUUUUAAAUUUGAGGUAAUGCUGUAAACCAACUUUUAUUCGCGUGCAAUAAAUAUUUGUGAGAAUUGUGAA